AUCACAUCCAAACCAAAACUGUAAUAAAAAAUACAUGUUUUAAAUAAAUAAAUUAAAAAUGUUUUUUUGAUACGGAUGAUUUUGUUCUCAUCUUUUAAGUACUGAGGAUUUGGUAGACAAUUUCUUCCUCCAUUAUUGGCAGAGAGAAACAGAGGAAUAAAGAACACAAAGAAAAACAAUAACAGAGAGGAUGGAGUUGGUUCAGAUGCAGAAGAGUUUGCAAGAUUACACUAAAUCACUCUUCUUGGAAGGUAUUUUGGACAGCCAGUUCUUGCAGCUGCAACAACUACAAGAUGAAAGCAAUCCAGAUUUUGUUUCACAAGUUGUCUCUCUCUUCUUCCAAGACACUGACAGAAUUCUUAAUGAUCUCUCACUUUCCCUAGAUCAACAAGUUGUAGACUUUAAAAAAGUUGAUCCCCAUGUUCAUCAACUCAAAGGUAGCAGCUCCAGUAUUGGAGCACAGAGAGUUAAGAAUGCUUGCGUUGUCUUCCGCAGCUUCUGCGAGCAACAAAAUGUUGAAGCAUGUCAUAGAUGUUUGCAACAAGUGAAGCAAGAAUACUAUCUUGUGAAGAACAGAUUAGAGACUCUGUUCAAGCUGGAGCAACAAAUUGUAGCCUCUGGUGGGAUGAUCCCAGCCAUGGAACUCGGAUUUUGAGUGGAUUCAUCACAUCACCUUUUAUGGUUAUUCCAAUUUAAAGCUCUCUUCUUCUUUUUGUUACUACCCUUAAAAAGGUUGUUCUUCUGUGAACUACUUCCUUGUGCUGUCCUGUUGGAUGAGUGAAACACUAAGCAUUUUCUUAAUCCACACCUAAAUCCUACUUUGUAUAAUAAUAAAGCAAGCAUAUAUAAUCAUAGUUUUAUAUUUACAGAA